GGUUUUCUGCCCUAUGAAUAGCCCCGCCGCCCGGUCGCGCGCUCAGCGGCUGAUUUCUCGGAAAGCCCUGUUUUACCUGAAGUCGUUGCGCGGAUACAGCGGGCGUGUCCUCUGUCUGAACCGGAGUCAGAUCCGGAUCUGGACCACUUUAGUAUCGAGACCUUUUCCCACAGCAGGACAGAGCAGCAGCACACGAAAAGCACAAGGUCAUCAUGAGCGGAGUUUUGAUGACAGAGCCCGUAUGUUUGGUGGAGAACAUUAACGGCUCGCUGCAGGUGAGCGAUAGUGCCACGGAGUACCUGGAGCGGAUCUUGCAGCCGGUGGUGGUGGUGUCUGUGGUGGGACUCUACCGCACGGGGAAGUCUUACCUCAUGAACCGGCUGGCAGGACAACAAGCUGGUUUUGCUCUGGGCAGCACCAUCGAGUCAAAAACUAAGGGCAUCUGGAUGUGGUGUGUGCCCCACCCCAAUAUACCAGAACACACACUGGUGCUGCUGGACACUGAGGGACUGGGAGAUGUGGACAAGGGAGAUUCUCGAAAUGAUGCCUGGAUCUUCUGCCUGGCCGUUCUGCUCAGCAGCACUCUGGUCUACAACAGCCGAGGAACCAUUGACAACACGGCACUGGAAAAACUGCAUUACAUCACUGAGCUCGCAGAACACAUUCGGAUCAAAUCCCCCUCGCCAGCAGGACAUGAGGAGGAGGAGGAAGAGGAGGAGGAAGACUCUCAGUUUGUGCAGUUUUUCCCAAACUUCAUCUGGACGGUGCGAGACUUUAUUCUGGAGCUGGUGAUAGAGAAUAAGGGGCGGGUCACUGAGGAUGAGUACCUGGAUUUUGCCCUCCAGCUAAAGAAAGGAUUUGGUCAGAGGGUGAGCAGCUACAAUCUCCCGCGGCAGUGCAUUCGGAACUACUUUCCCACGCGCAAGUGCUUUGUGUUUCCUUUGCCGGCCUCACAGGAUAACAUGGCUCGCCUGGAGAGCCUGGACCAGCGUGACCUUUCACCCGGCUUUCUGAAGGCCACACUGCAGUUCUGUGAAUACGUCUUUACUCAGAGUAAAGUGAAGACGCUGAAAGGAGGACACAGAGUCAGUGGCAGGAUGUUCAGUCAUCUGGUUAGGCUGUAUGUGGAGACGAUCUGCAGUGGGAAGAUGCCCUGUCUGGAGAAUGCUGUGGUGGUGAUGGCCAAGAUAGAAAACCAGACAGCAGUAGAGGAAGGUAUAAAGAUGUACCAGAAGGAGAUGGAACAGGUAAAGAGCUUGUUUCCUGUGAGCAUCGAUGAGAUAACCACUGAACACCAGCGGUCCAGCAGCGUGGCCACUGCCCAGUUCAUCAAGCACUCCUUUAAAGACGAGAACGCAGAGUACCUCAACAUAUUCACCGCAAAAGUAAAUGAGCAGUAUUUGGAACUGGUGGAUCAGAACAUGGCCGCGUCAGAGAGGCGGUGCCAGGAGCUUCUGCUGGACCUGUACCAGGAGAUGAGCAAGCGUCUGCAGCAGGGUCACUACGCCCAGCCCGGAGGAUACCAGCUGUACUGCACCGACCGAGACGCCAUCAUUACCCACUACCAGUCUGAACCCAACAAGGGGGUCCAGGCUGAAGAGGUGUUGCAGGCAUUUCUGACAAAACGAAGUGAAGAAGCGAACUACAUUCUCCAGACUGACCAAAUACUAACUGAGAAAGAGAAAAGGAUUGAGGAGGAGAAAGAGAGAACGGCUCUGACAGAACGGCAGAUCAAAGUGGCGGAGGAGAAGAAGGUGGAGGCGGAGCGGGCACUGCAGGUGGAGCGAGAGAGGCAGGCGGACAGCAUGGAGCAGCUGGAGAGGAAGUUUGAGGAGGAGAAGCGUCUGCAGCAGGAGGAGAUGAACCAGGCUAUACAGAGAAAAAUGGCUGAACAGGAGAUCCUGAUGAAGAACCAGUUCAAGGAGAAGGCCGAACUGCUGGGCCAAGAGAUACAGCAGCUAAAAAAAGAAAAAGAGGAAAGUUCUAAAGGUUUCUUUAAGGAUGUUUUAAUGCCUUUGAUUGGCGUUGGCAAAGAUGUGUUGGGUGAUUUCCUGAACUAUAAAAUCAUGAGGAAAACCCUGAAAAUGCCCUUUUAAUGCCCUAUCUGCCCUCUCUCCAAAGUAGCUACUGCUGUGGACACUGAUUAUCAAAUGUCCAUAUAUAUUCUAGCUGUUGUCCUAAAAGAACUCAGUAAGCCAGAGUUAAUCUGUUACUGUGUGCUAAUCACUGUUGUGCUUGUGGUUUAAAUAUCAUCUUUGCCUUCUGCUAUACAAAAUGACACAUAAACUUAAAGCUGAUUUUAUUUAGACUGCUCGAAAUGUUUGCUUAACUUAAUUGUACACCCCCCUUUUUAAUGCUUUGAUUAGACAAGUCAUCAAAAUUCACUCAGUUAGGAAAAUUGAUUUGUUCACAAUUAUUUUCAAAUAAAAUAUAAAUACAAAUG